AUGAGUUUCAGUGCCUCUUCUGUCACUAUGCCCAUGAACAGAAGCAGCUUCAGCUCCGUGUCCAUGUCCCGCAGCAGCGGUGGAGGCGGGGGACGGCUCAGCGGCGGUUUUGGCAGCAGGAGCCUUCACAAUCUAGGGGCAAACAAGAGGAUUUCCGUCAGCGGAGGGUAUUGCUCCGCUAGACCGGGAUACAUCAAUAGGGCAGCUCACGGUGGGUUUGCAUACAGAGGCGGUGGAGCUGGGUUUGGGUUUGGAGGAGGAUGUGGUCCUGGAGGUAUCCAAGAGGUCAUGGUCAACCAACACCUCUUGGUACCUCUUAACCUGGAGAUUGACCCCAACAUGCAGAGAGUGCGGCUGGAGGAGAAGGACCAGAUCAAAUCCCUCAACAACAAAUUUGCCUCCUUCAUCGACAAGGUGCGGUUCCUGGAGCAACAAAAUAAAGUACUGGAGACCAAAUGGGGCCUCCUGAAAGACCAAAAAAUCGUGAAAAAUAACCUUGAACCCAUGUUUGAGGCGUACAUCAGCAACAUGAGGAGGCAACUGGAGGCUCUGGGAGGGGACAGGAUGCGGCUCAGCUCGGAGCUGAAAGCCAUGCAGGACGUCGUCGAAGACUUCAAGAUCAGGUAUGAAGAGGAGAUCAACAAGCGCACGGCUGCAGAGAAUGCCUUUGUGUUGCUGAAGAAGGACGCUGAUGUUGCCUAUGUGAGCAAAGUGGACCUGGAGACCAAGGUGGCUGCACUGACAGAUGAGAUCAACUUCCUGCGAGCCCUCUACGAAGCAGAGCUGUCGCAGAUGCAGUCCCAAAUUUCCGACACCUCCGUGGUGCUGUCCAUGGACAACAACCGCAACCUGGACCUGGACAGCAUCAUCGCAGAGGUCAAAGCGCAGUACGAGGACAUCGCCAACCGGAGCCGGGCAGAGGCUGAGUCCUGGUACCAGAGCAAGUACGAGGAGCUGCAGCUCACGGCUGGCCGGCACGGGGACGACCUGCACAACACCAAGAUGGAGAUCUCGGAGAUGAACCGUGUCAUCCAGCGGCUCCACUCGGAAAUCGAUAGUGUAAAGAAACAGUGCGCCAGUUUGCAGACAGCCAUCGCCGACGCCGAGCAGCGCGGGGAGAUGGCCAUCAAGGAUGCCAGGGCCAAACUGUCCGAGCUGGAGGAGGCUCUGCAGAAAGCCAAGGCAGACCUGGCCCGACAGCUCCGCGAGGACCAGGAGCUGAUGAACGUCAAACUGGCGCUGGACAUCGAGAUCGCGACCUACAGGAAGCUGCUGGAGGGAGAGGAGAGCAGGCUGGCUGGAGAAGGCGUUGGCGCAGUGAAUAUAUCCGUGGUCUCAUCUGGGAGCAGCUACGGAGGAGGGAACACGCUGGGGCUGGGGUCAGGCUUCAGCACCCGGCUCGGCAUGGGGGGCAGCGGGGCCAGCUUGGCUGGGGGAUUCAGCUCCAGUGCAGGAAGCAGCUCCAGCACCAGGUUUGUGUCGAAAAGCACCACCAAGAAGAGUUUUCGGAGCUAA